CGAUGGCUAAAAGAAAUAGCUCUAGUAAGGAAUGUCAUGUUCUCUUUUUAAGGAUUUUAAUGCUGAGCUAUGUAGGCUGUAUUUGUUCAGAAGGCUGUAGGUGGUUCCUUUAAUUAUGAUUGUUGCUUUGUAACAUGAGCCAGAAUUAGUCAUUCACUUCCACAAGGGGUGUGGGUAAAGUUCACCAUGCAGCAGUGUCAUUGUAGCUUCUUAAGUAAAACUUCACUAACUAGUGCUUUUUUGUUUUUCCCCUCUCUGGAGCGUCUGUGGAGGCGGUUCAUUUAAGUGUAAUGUUAACAGAGCACAUUUUUUUCUCACAGCUGAUUGGCAGAAGUUAUAUAAUGUAAAACUGCAAACACUAAUGUAAUUGCGGAAGCUAAGUUGAACUUACUGAAGAUGUAAGCUAAGGUUAAACCUAGGGAGGAUUCCUUUCAGAAAGUUAUCAGUUGUUGCAGUACAGGCUGUUUUGUUUAUAUUUAUUUAUAUUAAAGAUUCAUUUUUAGCCAAAUACUUGUAGGUGUUUUCCUCUCUGUAUUUAAGUUUGAAAAUUAAGCCUUGAUGCAAGUGGUAAAAUAUGGCUUUUGUCUGACAACCAUGUGGCCAUACAGUAUCCUUUCGACAGUGUUGGGAGUUCCAAAAUAUACAAGCUUCCUGAGUGCUACCCCUUUUUUUGUAAAUGCUGCAUUUUUUCUCAAGUAAAGGUUACCCAGAGAGCAUCAGACGUGAUUUAUGGACUUCCUCCUAAACUAUAAGUCUGAAGAGGAUCUGCCACCACAGUCCCCGACAUUCGAGAGUGAGGAAGAGGAUGAUCUUAAUAAGACCCUAGGAGUAGAAAGAUUUGAAGAAAUCUUGCAUGAGGUACGUGUUCCAGAUUUGGAGGAUCGGAACCGCAGCUACACUGAAGAAGACUUUGAAUAUCAUCGUCAGUCUUCACAUCACAUCCACCAGCCGCUUUCUGCCCAUGUUUCCUCUGUACCACGCCAAAAGAAGGGUCUUCAUAAAAAGAAGAAGGGGAAGACAACCGGUAAGAAGAAAAGGGCCUUGUCCCCUGAAGGCACACCCACCAUAGAUGAGGAGGACUUGGAAGAUGCGCCAGAUUCCCUUUACAGUGACCAGACAAGUGCUGUAGGUACCGAGGAUGUGAAGUUUUUCCUGUAUGAUGACGAUGCUUUUGAUCCUGGGACUGUACCUUCAAAGGCAGCAGAUAUUGCUUCGCAGAAAAAAGUGGCACUACCAUCUUCUAGUGGUUUUGGUGGCAGCAAGCCAUCAGAGUUUCCAACUGCAAAGGAUGAAUCUGCAAGAGGAGAAGGAGGUGACACAGUGGAAGAGGGAAGUUGUCCUGUCAGUCCACUCUCCAAGUCGCAAGCUGCUCUGCGGGGUUAUAACUUGAAUGAGCGACGACGUAUUGGAAGCAUGACAGGAGCAGAAGAGGCCAUGUACCAGAAGAUUCCCACAGAUGAAUCUGAGGCACAAACCCUGGCAAGUGCAGACCUGGAUGGCAUGAAAAGUCACAGGUUUGAGGAUGUUCCUGCUGUCCGAAGGCAUCUUGUACGGAAAACUUCCAAAAGUCAAGUGAUACAUAUUAGUAAGGAUCAUAAAGAACCUUGUGCUCGGAUAAGGAAACAAACCCACCAGCCGCAUGAGGUUUUUGUGGAGCUGAAUGAGUUAAUUAUGGAUAAACAUCAGGAGAUGAAAUGGAAAGAGAGAGCCCGCUGGAUCAAGUUUGAGGAAGAUGUGGAGGAAGAGACUGACCGCUGGGGUAAACCACAUGUGGCAUCUCUCAGUUUCAGGAGCCUAUUAGAACUCAGAAAGACCAUUUCCCACGGUGCUGUCCUUCUGGAUCUAGAACAGAAGACGUUGCCAGGAAUUGCACACCAGGUGGUGGAGCAGAUGAUCAUAUCGGAUCAGAUCAGAGCAGAGGACAGAGCCAAUGUGCUGAGGGCCUUACUCUUGAAACACAGUCACCCGUGUGAUGAAAAGGAGUUUUCCUUCCCACGGAACCUUUCUACUGCCAGUCUGGGAACCCUCUUGCCACACGGCAUCAUCAGUCGUUCAUCCCAGAACUUGGAGCACUGUGUGACAGAGCCGCUGAUGAGUGGGAUUUCAUCUGAUCAGGAAACUAAAAUUGAUGUUGACAAAGGAGAGAAGGAUUUUACACCCCUUCCACAAAAUGGGAUCCAGAGGUCUCGGUCUAAGCAUGAGCUGAAACUGUUGGAGAAGAUACCUGAUAAUGCAGAGGCUACCGUUGUCCUUGUAGGUGCUGUGGAAUUUUUGGACCAGCCAACGAUGGCAUUUGUGAGGCUGCAGGAAGCUGUUCACUUGGAGUCUGUUUUAGAAGUUCCUGUUCCCGUGCGGUUCCUUUUUAUACUUUUGGGCCCCACCACUACCAAUAUGGAUUACCAUGAGAUUGGCCGAUCCAUUUCCACUCUCAUGUCAGACAAGCAUUUUCACCAGGCUGCCUACCUUGCCGAUAACCGGCAUGAUUUACUGAAUGCCAUCAAUGAGUUUCUGGAUUGCAGCAUUGUUAUUCCACCUUCUGAAGUGCAGGGUGAUGAACUGCUGAGGUCCAUAGCACAUUUCCAGCGAGAGCUGCUUAGAAAGCGAGAAGAACAGGACCUUAAACUGCUGAUACCAGAGCCCAAGUCACCAGAAGAGAAAGAGGCACUUUUUGACUUGAAAAAAACAUAUGAAGAUGAGGAUGAUCCACUGAGAAGGACAGGAAAACCUUUUGGAGGAUUUGUUCGCGAUAUCCAGCGGAGGUUUCCUAAGUAUGCAAGUGAUUUCAGGGAUGCUCUAAAUGCACAGUGCAUACCAGCUGCUAUCUUUAUCUACUUUGCUGCCCUUUCCCCUGCCAUAACAUUUGGGGGUCUUUUAGGUGAGAAGACAGACGGCCUGAUUGGUGUAUCGGAACUUAUAAUCUCCACUGCAAUUCAUGGUGUGUUGUUCUGUCUCUUGGGUGCUCAGCCAUUGUUAGUGGUGGGAUUUUCUGGUCCCCUUCUGGUGUUUGAAGAGGCAUUCUAUAAUUUUUGCAGAUCCAAUAAUAUGGAGUAUCUUACUGGCAGAGUGUGGAUUGGUCUAUGGUUGAUUAUCAUUGUUUUGCUUAUGGUUGCUUUUGAGGGGAGUUUUCUUGUCCGGUAUGUUUCUCGAUUCACUCAGGAGAUCUUUGCCUUCCUCAUCUCCAUCAUCUUCAUCUAUGAGACUUUCUUCAAACUUGUGAAGAUCUUUAAGGAGCAUCCACUGCAGAACUGCGGAAGUGAACCGAAUGGUACUGCCAUCAAUAACACUACAACUUUUUACAGCAACACUACAGAAUCUACACCAACUAAAAUCACAGGGCAGCCCAAUACCGCCCUGCUGUCCUUGGUUCUCAUGGCGGGAACUUUUUUCAUUGCUUUCUUUCUCCGAAAAUUCAAGAACAGCCGUUUCUUUCCUGGCAGGAUUCGCCGACUUAUUGGGGAUUUUGGUGUCCCGAUUGCUAUUCUGGUCAUGGUUUUGGUCGACUAUAGUAUCCCUUACACAUACACACAGAAACUGAGUGUCCCUUCUGGAUUGUCCGUCACCUCUCCAGAUAAACGAGGAUGGGUAAUUAAUCCACUUGGGGAGAAAAUCUUAUUUCCUAUCUGGAUGAUGUUUGCAAGCAUUCUGCCUGCUGUUCUUGUUUUCAUACUUAUCUUCAUGGAAACGCAGAUAACAGCGCUGAUCAUCAGUAAAAAAGAGAGGAUGUUGGUGAAAGGUUCUGGAUUCCAUCUGGACCUCUUGAUCAUUGUUGCCAUGGGCGGGUUCUGUGCUUUGUUUGGUUUGCCAUGGUUGACAGCAGCUACAGUAAGGUCCGUGACUCAUGCCAAUGCAUUAACUGUGAUGAGCAAAGCGGUGGCCCCAGGAGAUAAGCCCAGAAUACAGAAUGUGAUAGAGCAGAGAGUGACUGGCUUGUUGGUUGCCAUCCUUGUGGGUCUUUCCAUUGUAAUUGCUGAUGUUUUGCGUCAGAUUCCAUUGGCUGUACUUUUUGGCAUCUUUCUUUACAUGGGUGUCACAUCACUAAAUGGAAUUCAGUUUUAUGAACGUAUACUACUGCUGCUAAUGCCUCCAAAGUACCACCCUGAUGUCAUAUAUGUCAAAAAGGUGAGGACACUCCGAAUGCACUUGUUCACAGGAAUUCAGACAGUCUGCCUGGCUGUACUGUGGGCUGUAAUGUCGACUGCUGUAUCACUGGCAUUUCCAUUCCUGCUUGUCAUGACAGUUCCUUUGAGGCGGUUUGGGCUGACCCGCAUAUUCACAGAACGAGAGAUUCAAUGUCUUGAAGGAGAGGAACCUGAGCCCACAUUUGAUGAGAAGGAAGGACAAGAUGAAUACGAUGAGCUGCCCAUGCCCAUAUAAAGCACAGAUGCACUGAAAGGGGCAGGCAAGGACUGCAAACUGCAUGCAGCAUUACUGAGAGAAGGAAGAUAAACACAAGGAUUGGGUCUGCUGGUACAGAUCAUGACUUCCAAACUCUACAACAAACUUUCGCUUUGAACUCACAUUUUUGACACAGUUCAGUGAAAGACAGUGUUGCUGUGGGAAGUAGAACAGUAUCAGCACUUUGCCUUAAGUGUUUGAACAUGUUAAGUACAUUCCUGCUUGAACGGUAUCUUCACAAAUCUGUUGCACAAGCUCAGAAUGUACAAGUAAAGCACUGGGAUUGUUCUGGUUUGUAAUGCGCAGAUCUGUGGAGGCAACAGGAUGGCACAGUUAAACCCCUGAAUUGCCUAAUUAAGGAUGGACAUUUAAGUACAAGGACUGCAUUUAGAUGAAUACAGUUCGACAUAUAUAUAUUUUUGGAAAUUGGUAUUUUACAUGUGCCUUUUAAAUUUUGUUACCCAUCAGAGUCACCUAGUGAAAUCCCAAGGAUUUUUUUUCUUCAUCACAAACUAAGUAGCACUAGGAUGUAUAUUUUGUCGGUCUUCUAAUACUUAGUGGUUUCCAGUAGUGACUUUACAGCCAAUUAGAGAGGGCAGACUCUGCAAACAUACUAAACACCCAGUCUUAAGUGACAGAGCUACUUCUGCUGUGCAGUUCCAUUGGGAUGCAGCUACCAACAUGGUCUACAGUAGUAUCACAUUUCUUCACUGUAAUUGUAAAGCCUUACAGAGUUCAGUGAGUCAUACUAUGCCAGUAUGAUUUGCAUGAAAGAGAUGAGUUAAUGCUGUGUUGUUUUUUUUUUUCGUAACUUUAAAAUUGUUCAUAUAGUUAUUUUUAUCGCACAGUGGUUACUACUGGAAAACUAAAAGAACUGCAUGGCUCCAGUUGGGCUCUAAUGCUAGCGAAUAUAACACAGUGUGACAUACCAAUAUAAUGCAGCAAAUAAAUAUUGAGAGUUAACAUACAUAACUGUAAUAGUGAUGUGACCAGCGUUUAGUUAACAAGAUGGCUGUAUGUGGAUCAGCACUGACUGAGAAAUAAAACAGAAAGAGGCAUUUGAUAGUGGCAUGGCUUGUUACACACAUAGUACAACUGUAGAUAUGAUAGGAAUGUGUCUUUCCAUGCAGCCAAUGGAGUUUGCAGAAGGCACUCAAGUCAUUUAGAACUUUACAUGUAAAGACGAUACAAGUGAGACAUCUAGUACUGUAUAUGGGGUCGCAGCAGAUCCAAGGAGAAAACCUAUGUUGUGCCCCCAGAGUAUAGAAAGGUCCAUUGCCCUUUCUGUGGUGCAGGUAGCAUACUAGCAUGAAGGUUUACUAGUAUUUCUGAACUGCAGUUUAACAAAAUGGCUCCUUUCUGAAGAGAGGAAGUGCUGCGCCUCCUUAAAUGAAGUCUUUCACAGGCUUCUUGCAAAAGCCCAGUCCUCAGAAAGUAUAAAACCUAUAUAUAAAUUAAAAUAAUGAAACCCUUCUGUAACUACUGGUGCAACCUUUUGGAGUGGAAGAAAGAGAAUGAUUGUGUUUGCAUAUACAUAUAUAUAUAUAUAUAUAUAUAUAUAUAUAUAUAUAUAUAUAUAUAUAUACGCAAGUAUGUAUCCUACAGUGCCACAUUUGUAUAGAGAGGAACAUUUGUUAGCUUAUAAGAACAGUUUGGUCUGCUUGAUUUGCUCGUUAUAAUAACUAGUGGGUACUUCAAUGUAUACCAUUUCAUAGACAGGGGACUUGCAUUCCUGUCUUUUCUAGAAAUGCUUUAGAAAUAUGUUUAUAUUUUGGGGGCUCAGUAUGUUUCUUGAAUACCAUACUACACUCAUUGAGUGAGCCAGUGAUGCAUAGAAUGAGUUAUUGAGUUCACUGCUUAUCUGCACUGUGAAAAAAAAAAAAAAAAAAAACUGGUAAACCACUCAGGCCAAAGUAUGGUAGCAGCAAAACCCUCACCAAGCUGUAAGCAGAAAACCUUUUUUUUUUGUUUGUUUGCAAGGUAUACUGGCUGUUGUACAAGAAAUGUUUGGAAGAAGAAUAUGCAAAUAUUCUAGCUAAAAGAACUCUCUGGAAGUUUGGUUUCCAGAGGUUUUUAUUCAUUCACAGAGGAUGUGUGUCAUAAUCUGCCUAGACAAUUUAGGCUUAUACUGCUGCUGUAAACUGAUAAAAUUCAUCUCAUGCUGAGAGACCCAGUAGUACUCGGUGAGGUGUUGAUUAAUCCGCUGAUCUGUGUUAAUUUCAGAUAAUUCAUAUGCUUUACUCAGCGUAUUCAUCUGGCAUACUUUCUGCUGUGUACUACUACUCCUCAGUGAGGUGCUGAUUAAUCCGCUGAUCUGUGUUAAUUUCAGAUAAUUCAUAUGCCUCGCUCAGCGUAUUUAUUUGACAUACUUUCUGCUGUGUACUACUACCCCAUCCCUGCAAUGAAGCAGUGUGCACCAUGGUUAAGUAACCGUGACCAAGUGUGAAAUUUUUUUUUUUUUUGCUAUCCUAAAGUAGCAUUACACUGCUUGCUUAGGAGUAAGAGAGCAGCACUUUACUCAUGGAAAUGCAAACUAACUGGUGCUGAAUAUUUAUUGGCCCACACAGUCUGCGUGUAUCUUGACCUGUGAAUUCAGUAAGGAUUUGAUCAGAAAUAACACUCUGGUAAGUCUUAUCUUCCAUUCUCUUUGUCCUGUACAUUUUUGAUUUCUACUACUGCUAAUGCUCUGCUUUCUCAGAAUGGCUUUUCUGUGAGUUUCCACCUCUUUCCAUACUGUGUACCUCUGCCUUCUCUUUCAUUCAGGGUAUGUACAUUAAGCUGUUUCACCAUUUUUCUUAUGUCUUCUUCUGCAGACUUUGCACUGUUCUUCGUAAUCCUGUCAUGUCUUUCUAAAGAGACAGCAUCUUCAGAACUCUCCAUGGUACUUCAGAUGAACUGUUCUUGCUAGCUAGGUUGAGGAAUAACAUCUUGCUACUGCUGGUGUUUCUUUUAAUGUAUCCUACUGUCAUAGCAGGCCAUGUACUAUAGAUGCCCCACGUACUUGUCUGUUCACAUCAGUGGUAUUACCUCCUCUCCAGCAGUGUAAUAUUCUUGAAAAGUUUUGUUUCCCAGAUCAGAUGCAUUAUUUUGCACUUCACACCAAAUCUUUCCUGUGAGAUUAUAUAUAAUUUUUUGCACUGUUCUGUAUACUUGCCAUGGUCUUUCUGUUCCAGCAUUUUGUGUCAUGUAGUUAUGCAUUCUGCACAGAGUCAUAUUUUUCCUUCAGACUUCUUGGUGUCACUGAUAAGUUAAAAAAAACAUCAGUCCUAAUGUUGAGUUUGUCCCACUAACUUUUUAUCGUGUGUGCUAUUUAUUUAAUAUAGCUGUUCUCAUUUGUUGGUUAAUCUGUUUCCCAGGCUGCCAAAUUGUCUUCCACCCUUAGGCUGGCUGAUUUAACUUUUUUUUUUUUUUUUUUUUUUUUGGGGGGGGGGGGUUGAGACUAUAUCCUAUAGACAGUGUAGCAAGUGGGCAUUGUUCGCUGUAUAGAAAGUUAUAGAGUGGAAAAGAUAAUAUACUUAUCUAGUCCAUUCAGCUGUGCUACUAUUCCCUUUGUAGCUGUUGUCAUCACCCCAGCAACCCUUGUUCAUACAUCUUAGUAUGUUUUGAUAAAUCAUUUGCUCAAUACUUAACUACAGCAAGUCAGAGCUUUGUCUGUGUACACCAGUAGAACUGGCAAACCUAUGCAUUGUUUGUCUGACCAUUCUUCUCCACUUAUAGUGAUUUAAAGUUGGAAUUGAUGACCGUCGCAAUUCGCAUCCUUUUUAUUUAUCCAUACUUGGCCACCCAUUAUGUUAAAUUAUUGCACUUGUCUUUACUUUCUUAUAUUAACUCUUAAUGUGCACCUCUGUGCCGUUACCCACAAUCUUACAAGCCCCAUAUAUGUGUUGCCUAAGAAGUAUUAACUUAUUUUGCACCCAUUGUAAAAUAUUUUAGCUGCAGUUCCCAAAGUAAUUUCUGAAGACUGGUGACUAGGUACUAAAAGUACUACCUCAUUUUGCACUUGGUUCCUAACAGACAAGGUGCUGCCUCUGCAAGCACAAAGUUGCAGUUUUGGAAGACGGUAAAUCAGAUACAAGUUUAUUCUAGAAAACACAGUACUUUCUGUACUGUUCUGAGGUUCACUGUCUAAUUUAUGGAUGUAGCCACGUUUGUCUUUGGUCCUUUUGAAUGUCAUUAUCUCUCAUUUAAGUAACACAAACUAACAAGGGCAGUCAGUUCCUCAUUGAAGGAAGAAAGCUCUCUGACAGCCAAGCCAAGGACUGUUCUGCUGAAACCAUUUAUAGUGAGAUUAUUUUUGACCCCCACAGCCUGCUGGUUAAUGCCCUCCACCAUUUUGUUAAGGUGUGGUCGUCAUAAAAAGUCAGCAGAGUACCUUGUUACUAUGGAGCUUAAGUAUCAUUCAGGAGAGGGGCUGAGGGAAUUCAUCUAAAGAAAAUAAUGUAAGUAUAGUAGUACCUUGCAGUGCCACUGAACCCCCCCCCCCCCCAAAGAAGACCCUCACUUUAAGGUAUGACUGUACGACGGCCUUAUCAAACUGUUUAUAGUGUGUACAGUUUAUAGUUGUAUUGCUAAGAAAUAAACAACUGAAUCAAUUUUUCCAUUUGAAAUUCAGCAUAGUGAAUACACUUGUAUAGGGUAAUCAUGAGCUCUUUAAGUCCUUUUUCAUUAAAUUUUUAUCAGGUUAUGAUAAAUGGCUAGUCUCAGUGGAGUGUUUCCACACCCCAUAUUGCUGCGUUAUGGUAAAUUACAUAAGUGUACAUAUAACCAGAUUGCUCAUGGAGGCAGCAGUACGACUUGGUGGACAAGCUAAUAAACUGUUAAUGAGCUACAUUUUGCACAUAUUUGUCUGAGCUUCACCACCUCUUCUAACUGUACAGUCUUCCUGGAGGACACUUAAUCAGAACAAAACUUUGGAGCCAACCCUGAAAACAGGUAAUCUGUUCUUGCAGUCAUAUGUUAGUGAAAAAACUUGAUAAAAUUGUGUCCACCAGGUAAAAAUCCCUGUCUCACUGAAUUUUAUUCUCCACUAAUUAUUGCUCUUUUGUUUUUGUAGUCGUACUUCUAAGUAACUUGACCAUUAUAAACAUUUGUUAAUGCACCCUGUAUAACAUAGUUGCAGCCAUAAAAGCAAUGACAAAGAGCAAGUACAUCAUGGAGAAUUUGUUCUUCGAGUGAGAGUCCCAGCAGAUUCAGUUUUAAAGGCCACCUUUCUAGCAGAAAGCUGGGUAUGGUGAAUUUCUUGGGCAUUAACUUUAUGGACCCCUUUUUUCUAUGCCAUUCUCUUUUCCUUGUUUUUUAUUUUCUCAGGCUCUCGGUUUUGGGUUUUUGUCACCGUUUUUUUUUUUUCAGGCAAGAGAAGUAGAAACUGACCACGGUUCUGAAUGGACCAUGGAGAGCUUGAAUUUUAAACUAAACAUAUGCACUCCUUAGUUUCAGAUCACCAAUCAGCCUCAGAGUAGUACUGCUGGGAUUUCAGAUUCAUAUGCACUAAUUUGCAGUUUUAAGCCUUAUUUGUAAUGUGGCACCUUAUAUUAAGUUGCAAAAAGUGCGUUAAUACCAAAUAUUUGUGUCCUGACUCGUAGACUGAAUAUGCAUGGUAAUUUCUUAACAUUAACUGUAGCCUAUGUAUGUUAAGGGCUUUUAAGUACUAGAGAUCAGAGUGACAAUAUAUAUUGCAUUUUAUUUAAAGUAUAUAUACAUAUAUGUAUACAGUAAAAAAAAUAUAUAUAUAUAUAUACACACACACCGUGUAAAUGUUAGUAUUAAAAUGGUUACACAUUUUGUAAUUUGUUUUGAAAACAAAUUAGUAUUGUGUAUAUUUGUAGUAUACUGUUAAUUAUUUGUCUGUCCUUUCCUUUUGGUUUUUGUUUUCUAUUACUGGUUUUAUUUGAAUGAUCAGACAGAAUGCUAUAGGGAGAGUACAUUUGCAAAUGUAAUUUAUCAGACACUAUGGGGGAGUAGUACUGAUGUUAGUUAAAAUAUUUUGGAAACAGGCAAUGUGUAUUGCUCCCUGCUGCCUUAUUCUUAGUCUAAAUCCAUGUUUGUUUAAUGUUUUGUAUGCAUCUGUGUCAAAACUAAGUCUGUGUAAUUCUGAACACAAGAAAAAAUAUAUGUGAUCGUGUUUGAUUAA